AUGGUAUUCCACCUCAGAUCCGCGAGCGUGCCUUCCAGCCCUUGCUCCAAUGAAACCAACAUCGAAGAACAGCUGGCGAGCCUCAGGGAGAUCAUCUGUUCACCCUCUGCAACCAUGGAAACAAUGUGCAAUGGUUUCAGGAGGCUUACAGAUGUGUACAGCUGCAUGGAUGAGAUCAUGUGCUUGCCCAGCAGCCAAGCUAGCCUUUGCAAGCAUCAGCAGAGGAGAGAAGUGGAGAAAGAGCUGGAGCGGUCUCUCACCUUGCUUGACCUCUGCAACGCCAUGCAAGAGAGCUUCUCUGAGCUCAAGGCAACCACCCAGGAGAUGCAGUUGGCCAUCAAGAGAGGAGAAGAUGCAGCAGUUCAGACCAAUGUUCAGUCUUACACCCGCCUGACCAAGAAGGCACAUAAACAGUGCAAGAAGAUCAACAAGAAGCCUGCUAGUUCAGCUGAUCAGGAGAGCUGCAGGGUGGUCAAGCUGAUGGCUGAUGCCAGAGAGAUCACUUUCUCAGUGCUUGAAUCAACUUUGCAUCUCCUGUCAAAGCAGAUUGCGGUGCCGAGUUCCAGCAAGUGGUCUCUUAAGGCAUUCCAGAAGACAAGGGUUACAUGCCAGGAGGAGCAAUUACAGGUGUUGGAGUUGGACAUCGUUGAUCUUCAGAGCGGAGUUGAGACUUUGUUCAGGAGAUUGAUCCAGAGCAGAGUUUCUCUUUUGAAUGCUCUUAGCUUGUAG